AGGGGGCAGUGUGUAGUAACGAUCACGCACUGUAUACAAAUUGCACUUUAUGAUUUAUCUACUACAGACGCUGUAGGUGGGGUUGCCGCGCAGUCAUGGCGCUGUCCUGGGCCGGAGCUCCGCUUGUCUCGUCUGUACGGCUCCUAGGCCGGGUACUGAGGGCACCGCAACCUGCCACUCCCGCGCUCUCUUACUGCACAGCGACCACAUCUGGAAGAAUACAAAUUAAUGGUGCCAGUCUACAUUAUCAGAGGACGGGAUGUGGAGACCAUGCGGUUCUGUUACUUCCUGGUGUUCUAGGAUGCAGUCAAACUGACUUUGGACCACAACUCAAAUGUCUAAAUAAAGAACUUUUCACUGUCAUUGGGUGGGACCCUCGAGGAUAUGGACUUUCCAUCCCACCAACUCGAGACUAUCCUCCUGACUUUUUUUCAAGGGAUGCAAAAGAUGCAGUAGAUUUGAUGCAGGCUUUGGAUUUCAAAAGAUUUUCAUUGCUCGGAUGGAGUGAUGGCGGUAUAACUGCACUCAUUGCAGCUGGGUCUUACCCAUCACUCAUCAACAAGCUUGUGGUCUGGGGAGCCAAUGCUUAUGUCACAGAAGAGGAUCUAGUUCUUUAUAAUGCUGUAAAAGAUGUAACAAACUGGAGUCCGAAGAUGAAGAAGCCUUUGGAGGAUCUCUAUGGAAAGGAGUAUUUUGCCAAUACAUUUUCUGCAUGGGUGAAAGCCAUGGCUCAUUUUACCAGCAAAUCUGAUGGUAAUAUCUGUCGACAAUUGCUUCCACUCAUUGGUUGCCCAACAUUAAUUAUUCAUGGCAUGAAGGAUCCUAUGGUCCCAUCAUUUCAUCCACAGUUUUUACAUCAACAAGUGAAAAAUUCAAGGCUGCACCUUAUGCCAGAGGGCAAACAUAACCUUCAUCUAAGAUAUGCUGAAGAGUUUAAUAGAUUAGUUGAAGAUUUUCUAUGCUCAUCUUAACUUUUCUUCACAACUGCCUUGAAGCAUCUAGUACCCUGGUUUCCAAGCAACCGGAAUGUAAUUAAGAAAUGGCAAUCAUCAGGAACAGUGGAAGUUAAAGCAAGAUCUGGAAGACCAAGACAAAUAUCAGACAGAAUAGCUCGCAGGAUUGGGAGAAAAACAAUUCAAAACCCAUGUUUUACUGCACAAUCCCUCCAGAAACAUCUGGCAGACACUGGAGUUUUGCGGUACACUAUUCCACUAUAAAGAGAUACUUGUACAAAUAUGGUAUUCAUGGAAGAGUCAUCAGAAGAAAACAUUUCUACAUCCUCACCACAAAAAUCAGCAUUUGAACUUUGCAAAUGAACAUAUAGACUGAUGCAUUUUGGAAACAAGAACUGUGGACCGAUGAGGUUAAAAUAGAACUUUUUGGCCGGAAUGAGCAAAGGUACGUUUGGAGAAGGGGAACAGAAUUUAAUGAAAAUAACCUCUGUCCAACUGUUAAGCAUGGGGGUGGAGCAUGGAUCAAUCAUGCUUUGGGGUUGUAUUGCAGCAAGUAGCACAGGGAACAUCUCAAGAGUAGAAGGAAAAAUUGAUUCAAUAAAAUUUCAGCAAAUUUUGUAUGCUAACUUGAUGCCAUCUGUGAAAAAGCUGUAAUUAAAGAGAGGAUGGCUUCUACAAAUGGAUAAUGAUCCUAAACACACCUCGAAAUCCACAGGGGAUUACAUCAAGAGGUGUAAACUGAAGGUUUUGCCAGGGCCUUCACAAUCUCCUGACCUCAACGGAAUUGAAAAUCUAUGGAUAGACCUUAAUAGAGCAGUGUGUGACAGACAGCCGUGAAAUCUCAAAGAACUGGAAGACUUUUGUAAGGAAGAAUGGGCAGAGAUACCUCAAACAAGAAUUGAAAUACUCUUGGCUGGCUACAAAAAGCGUUUACAAGCUAUGAUAUUUGCCAAAGGGGGCAGUACAAGAUAUUAACUCUGCAGGGUGCUCAAACUUUUGCAGCUGCUAUUUUUUUGUUUUCUGUUAUUUUGAAAGUGUAAAUGAUGGAAAUAAAAUCUAACUUUUGUUCACAUAUUAUAAGAAUGUCUAAUCUGUAAUUUGAUGCCUUUUGGAGAUUUUUCCAUCUUUCUUUGGCUUCUUUAUGCACAUUAAUAAUUUUUUUUUACCUAGGGUGCCCAAACUUUUGAUCCCCAAUGUAUAUAAUUUGUUGGACACCCUGUGAUGUCCCAGUACGGGAUAUGCAUCUCACAGUCCUAUCAGCUUGAGUCCCUGCAAGUCCCCAGGGCUCACCUGCAUUGUACCCCUAUAAUCUGUAUAGUUGUAUAUUAUGUGUAAAGGACCUUUGAUAUGGUCACAUGGUUAUUGAUAAUGGUUGUCACAUGUUAAAGUCCCAUGUUUUGUUAACCCGAGUGCACCUGGUGACCAGAUGACCCACAGCUAGCCUAUGGGCUCCUUGCUCAGCCCCCCUUUAUAAGAGGGGGAGGUACUACAAUCUCUCUCUUCCUCCACACUUUCUGCUGAGGUCAAGUCCAGUCCAGAUGUUUCAGAGCCAGUGUCCAGCACAUCUGGAGGCCUCAAGUCUAAAUUACAGCCACAAGUCAGUAAGUCAAGUCAUCUCUUUCUGCUGUCACUAUCUUCAGUCAAGUCGUCUAUUAUAGUCAGCGUGGCUGUCCUAAAUUCUGUCAAAGUCACUGCAAGUCCCAGCAAGCUGCGAGGUCCCCAGUGUUACUGGUCACCUCUCUGGGAUCCUGGCCUAGCUGUAAAGACUGCACCAUCUGUCUACCUCAGUAAAGCUACCGUUAACCCUGACCUGGCCUUGGACUCUAAUUUGCCCUGUCUAACUAGGACUAGCGGUGCUACCGUUCUCGGUUAAAACCACGCCCUGGCGUCAUGAACAUCUAGGGGUUAACACCAUCUGCCCUUGGGCUACAACAUCUGCCCCAUACACCUCACACCGCACCCCCGUGGUUCACCACACACCAAAAAGUCGUAGUGUAUCAAAUUUUCUGAAGUCUGGCUGUUUUCUUGUAGGGGUUAUCCAUAACCAAUCAGGAGAAGCAACAUUUCACCCAAUCACUAACAUCAAGUACAGAGUAAAGUCGUGUACUACACAUUGUCAUCAAGUAUACAUAGAGUCAUGUACACAUAUCCAUUGUACAUUAGGGCUGUAACACUCACUACAACACAGUCCAUACAAAUGUCUAUUAUGUCUAAUGUGAAUUU